GAAAAAGAAAAAAAACCCUCGUUAUUAUCUUGAGCAUAUAUUUCCUUUAAGAAGAUGGCGGCGAGUCAGGGAGGAGCGGCAGCCGCGGCGGUCCUGCAGGGCCAUCACUAUCCGGCCGGACCGCACUGGAGCGCGAGCGGCGCGCCGCCUCAACCCCAGCCGCCGCACACCGCGCGCAGCCUGGACCGCGCGCUCGAGGACGCCGCCAGCUCCGGAGUGCUGAACAUCAGCGGGAGGAAACUGCGCGACUACCCGGGGCUCAGCUACGAUCUCACGGACACCACGCAUGCAGAUUUAUCCAAGAACCGUUUUGGAGAGAUCCCUCCUGAAGUGUGUAUGUUUGCACCGCUGGAGUCGCUCAACCUCUACCACAACUGCAUAAAGAUGAUUCCAGAAGCCAUCGUUAAUUUACAGAUGCUUACAUACCUCAAUAUCAGUCGUAAUCAACUGUCUGUGCUGCCCAAGUUCCUGUUCAAUCUGCCACUCCGAGUCCUGGUGGUCAGCAACAACAAACUGCUGUCUAUUCCGGACGAUAUUGGCAAAGCCAAAGACCUCAUGGAACUGGACAUAAGCUGUAAUGAAAUUCAGGUGCUUCCUACUCAGAUGGGGAAACUCCAUGCCUUACGAGAACUGAACAUCAGAAGAAACUGUAUACAAGUCCUUCCUGAUGAGCUGUCUGAUCUGCUGUUGAUCAGGUUGGAUUUCUCCUGUAAUAAGAUCACAGAAAUCCCUCCAUCUUACCGUAAACUCUGCCAGAUCCAGCACAUCGUUCUUGACAACAACCCCAUGCAGUCCCCUCCUGCACAGAUCUGUCUGAAGGGAAAAAUUCAUAUCUUUAAGUAUUUGAACAUGCAGGCAUGCAGGCUGGAGAAAAAGCCUGACUCGCUGGAUCUGCCCUUGCCGGGCAAACGGUGUUUAGCGCAGCAGCUAACAGACAGCAUAGAGGAUUUUUACCCUAGUAAGAACCACGGACCUGAUUCGGGUAUUGGCAGUGACAACGGUGAUAAGAGACUGUCUACUACAGAGCCCUCGGAUGAUGACACUAUCAGUCUACACUCUCAGGUGUCAGAGACGGCGCGGGCUGAAGCCCACUCUCUUCUCUGCAAACUGGACUCGAAUAGAGAUCAGGACCCAUAUGACUUCAUUGAUCCAAACCCAGAUGAAGAUGUUGCUCUCUGUGAGGCCGACAUGCAGCAGAACACACCUUACAUCACCUGUAUUAAGGAGCUGGAGAGGGUUCUUAAAACACACCAAAGCAAAGACAAGGAGAACUGGAAGGAGGAGUCUGGCUCAGAGAAAGAACAGCUUGCUGAGGAAGAUGAUGAUGAGCUGAAGGAAGUUUUGGAUCUUAGGAAGAUUGCAGUGCAACUGCUGCAGCAGGAGCAACAGAACAGGAGGCGGUCCUUAAUUUGUAGAGCAGAAAGCCUCAUCCACCGAAGGAGGGCUGCAGGGAGAGCACACAGAUUUCUCAGUCAUUCAGGAGGAAGCAGCAAACAGAGAUCUCCCUCACAAACCGUUAGGAGUGCAUCACUAGAUGAAGGAAGCAGUACAUCUUCAGCGAUAUGUGGACAGGAUGGCAACCUCACAGAUGAAGACACAGCUUUCUCUGAGCCUUCUUUAUCUUGCUCGUUCGAUGGGAGUCUGAAGUCUGAGAAUGGCGACAGUGAGCCCAAAUGGCCAGAGCUUCCUCCCAUCCUAAACCAGAAUGAAGACCGGCGGCGAAACAAAUACCUGAGGAAGGACUACCUCAAGUACAAGUGCCAAAGUGCACGAAGAAACUCCACUGAGAAUGAUUGUGAGGAGGGAAUGCAUUCCACAGACUUCAGCACAACAUUGACUGUCUUUGGCUUGAAGCCAAGAUCAGCAUUUUCCCGCAGUAGUCGCCAGGAGUAUGGCUCGACAGACCCCAGCUUCACAAUGAGGAGAAAGAUGGAGCAUCUCAGAGAGGAAAUGGAACAGAUACGCCUCUUGCGGCAGAACCUGGAGUCAAGGUUGAAGGUUUUGCUGCCUGAUGAUGUGGGUGCUGCUUUAAUGGAUGGUGUUGUAUUGUGCCAUCUGGCCAAUCACAUUCGACCACGGUCCGUGGCCAGCAUUCAUGUGCCCUCACCAGCAGUACCAAAGCUGAGCAUGGCAAAGUGCCGGCGGAAUGUUGAGAAUUUUCUGGACGCGUGUAAGAAGCUUGGAGUGCCACAAGACAAGUUGUGUUUGCCUCAUCACAUUCUGGAGGAACGAGGUUUGGUGAAAGUGGGUGUUACCGUUCAAGCCUUGCUGGAUUUGUCAUCAUCCAAGCCAACUCAGACAUCCACCAUGUAGCACUCAAACUGGGACAAAGCUCCCAAAAAAAAAAAAACCAGGAUAACCGGGCAUUCCCUAGCAUUGUCCAUCCUGCCUUAUGUCCCUCUGAGCACUCUGCUAUACCCUCUCCUUUAGCCUCUGAACUUUGACCACAGGAAAGCUUUCUCUGAGCAGACUUAAUUAUCCCUGCUAGAAGCCACAACAGAAAAGUCUGAAACCUACUAGCCUUAGUCCAAUGCCACACAAGCUACUGAGAGACUGGUGAGAGAAAGAGAGAGGGACAGAGAGAAAAUGAGAGUAGACAGAGAUAGAAUAUUAUCCAUUGAUCUCAUCUAGGGUAGAGCAUUUUUUUUCCUGUCGAUCUCUGGUUCCAUAGAAACAUUUUGCAAAUUUUACACAAAUCAGCAAAAGGAAAUUUAUUAUUUGUGGCUGCUAAAAGUUCAUCUAGCUAGCCAACACCACUUGCCAAACACUGUGUAACACUGGUAGCAAACUAUUUAGAGUGGUAGUGAGUUUCAGAUUUAUGGGGAAAAAUCAUUAUUCAUUUGUAAAAUUAUCACUCUUUCUCAUAUUUCCUUUAACCAUUGGGCAGCUUUGCUACCCCAACAAAUGAUAUUUAGUCAUUCUCACAAAGGUGACUGGAAGCUUUACUUCGCUCUCCCUACCUCUCACAAUCUCUCGUCCCCUAUUCCAUCUACCUUCACUCCAUUCUCUGCUAUAACAGGGAGCCCGCAUGGAUAAGGACUGGAUGAAUUCAGACAGCUGAUUGGCUGAUAUGGAGCAAUGGGCUGACUUUAUCACAUCGAUCAGAAUGCCCUCCUCCUGCAUGAAGCCACUAAAUCCAUUAAAUUGGAGAAGUGUUUGGAAGAAUUCCUUGAACACAUGUAAGAAGAACACAGAUUUUAAGCUGUGGACAGGAGAGGAGAUGGUCAGUGAUUAGUGUGUUUCCCUGAAUGCACACUGUUACUGAACAGAAAGUAUGGAAUGUACAGAAAAUAUUGCUGAUGGAGCAACAUACACUCAAAAAGGAUAAAGUUGAAAUAUAUCUAUGCCCUGCAUCACAGUUUUUAUUUCAGUCCAGUUUUAAUUUUUGAUAUGUAGGUGUUAAACACAGUACACAAAUAUGCACGCACUCACAGAUACACAACAUAGGAACUUUCAACAUCAUAAUUCUUAGAGUAGGAAAUGCAAACAAUGCUUUAAAGAAAAUCAAACACAGUACAAUUUAUUGCAUCUUGUGUGGUUGUGAGCUAUGCUAGUUUAAGGAAAGACAUUUGAAGCUAAUCACAGUAUUAGUGUGACCAGAAUCUUACCUUUCUAAGCUAUUCCUAUGUUUUUCAUGACCUUCUCAUUUUAAUUUCACUAACCAUUAUGCCCACUUCUUUUUUCUUGGUUCUUUAUACUUCUGUCCUGUAUUGUAAACAUGAAGUAGUUUUUAAACAGUGAUGUGACCUGCAUCAUCCCCUGACUACUAAUUGUAAAGAGAGUAGUUCAAGAAAUUAUUUAUGUAUUUAUUGUAUAUUUAUUCAUGAUUUUUCUACAUGCAUUGCUUUUUUACAUCCCUGACUCUUUCUUAAAACCAGCGUCAGAAAUAUGCCUUAUGUGCUAUUCUGGGAUUUAUUUCAUUGUAAUGCUCACGUGGGAUUCCAGUCAAACGCCCAUGAAUUAGUCUUAUGUUCUGAAGAAUGAUUUUACUCCGCUUUCCCCCACCCCCCAAAACCGUGCUGAAUGCUGUCAGGUUGCAAUGAUUGAGGUGUUAUUAUUUAUGGCCCACAUAAAUACUUUCAGCAGCCUUUCCACCUAAAUGCAAAAUAAGUAGAUGUUUAUGCCUUGUUCUGCCUGAUCUGCUCAUCAUUUUAUGACCGAUCACCCAGUUUGUUUCAUUUUAAGGCUGGAACAGUAUGCAAAAAACCUGGUCGAGUGAUCAUAGAACUCUAUAUAGUUGUUUUCAGUACAUGAUAUCUGAUUACAUCUUAAUAUUAACCUUUAAUUUAAUACCAUAAAACACUGGAGUGGCAGAGGAAGGAUUAAAAUUAUUCGGUAAUUUAUAAUCAACAUUCCUAAACUAUAUUUGUUAGAUGUAGAUAUACUACCACAGUUUCCGUCCAUCUCAAGUGGUCCAAUACUGGUUGCUUUUUUGAACAUUUUUUCCUAAUUUUUUUGUGAAUGAUUACCUCUAUGUAUUGGCAUUGCAAAACCACCAACCACCACACUGUUCAGCUGAGAUAUUCAGCCCAAAAGUGAGAUAUUGCCCCCAUAAAAAAAGGAAGUCUCAAACCUGAAAUGUUCUGCAUGCACACUGUACAUACCUAGGUACCUCCAAAAAAAACUUAUGACUGAGAUUCAAACCCUUCCCAUUUUAUAUAUAUGGAACUGUGAGCAAUCUUGAGCAUUACAUUUGGACUUCUAAGUUCUAAGUCUAAGGAACAAGAAUGUGCAAAAUGUAUAUAUAUAUAUAUGUGUGUAUAUAUAUAUAUAUAUAUAUAUAUAUAUAUAUAUAUAUAUAUAUAUAUAUAUAUAUACACACACACUUGAGGUCAAAAGUUUACAUCCCCCUUUCAGAAUCUGCAAAAUGUUCAUUAUUUUACCAAAAUAAGAGGAUCAUACAAAAUGCACGUUAUUGUUUAUUUAGUGCUGACCUGAAUAAGAUAUUUCACAUAAAAGAUGUUUAUAUAUAGUCCACAAGAGAAAAUAAUAAUUGAAUUUAUAAAAAUGAUCCCGUUCAAAAGUUUACAUCCCCUUGAUUCUUAAUACUGUGUUGUUACCUGAAUGAUCCACAGCUGUGUUCUUUUGUUUACUGAUAGUUGUUCCUGAGUCCCUUGUUUGUCCUGAACAGUUAAACUGCCUGCUGUUCUUCAGAAAAAUCCUUCAGGUCCCACAAAUUCUCUGGUUUUCCAGCAUUUUUGUGUAUUUGAACCCUUUCCAACAAUGACUGUAUGAUUUUGAGUUCCACCUUUUCACACUGAGGACAACUGAGGGACUCAUAUGCAACUUUUACAGAGGGUUCAAACGCUCACAGAUGCUCCAGAAGGAAAAACCAUGCAUUAAGAGCCGGGGGGUGAAAACUUUUUGAAUUUGAAGAUCAGGGUAAAUUUAACUUAUUUUGUCUUCUGGGAAACAUGUAACUAUCUUCUGUAGCCACUAAAGGGCAGUACUAAGUGAAAAAAUACGAUAUUUAGACAAAAUAAGAAAAAUGUACACAUCUCCAUUCUGUUCAAAAGUUUUCAAUCAAAGUUGGAAAGGGUUCAACUACACAAAAAUGCUGGAAAACCAAAGAAUCUGUGGGACCUGAAGGAUUUUUCUGAAGAACAGCAGGCAGUUUAACUGUUCAGGACAAACAAGGGACUCAGGAACAACUAUCAGUAAACAAAAAAACACAGCUGUGGAUCAUUCAGGUAACAACACAGUAUUAAGAAUCAAGGGGAUGUAAACUUUUGAACGGGGUCAUUUUUAUAAAUUCAGCUAUUAUUUUCUCUUGUGGACUAUAUAUAAACAUCUUUUAUGUGAAAUAUCUUAUUCAGGUCAGCACUAAAUAAACAAUAACGUGCAUUUUGUAUGAUCCUCUUAUUUUGGUAAAAUAAUGAACAUUUUGCAGAUUCUGAAUGGGGGAUGUAAACUUUUGACCUCAACUGUAUAUAUUUGUUCCAAGGAGCUAAGACCAUCCUGAGCUGAGAUAUCAUGGUUGUCGUAGUUAAACCAAGUAAAAUUUAAAAAAAGAAAAAGUGGUUUUUCAAUGCCAAUACAUAGAGAUAAUCACUCAAAAAAAUUAGGAAAAUUAAAAAUGGUCAAGCAACCUGUAUUGGACCACUUGAGAUGGAAUGGCCCACGAUUCUCACACUGCUACUUCAUAGCCCUCAAUUACAAUGUUGAGAAAUGACUAAAAACAAUACUUAGUACAUUUAUAAUCACAACUGGUUUCAUGAUCAUGAUUAAAGAUUUUAAAUAACAUAAUGCAAAUUCAGUGCUCCAAGUGUACUCGCUCACGUAUUCAGCAGUUAGAUCUUUUCACACACUGUUUACUUCCUCAGCCCGUGUUCAGUCAUAACGCUUGUAGAGUGGGUAUCAGUUAGAUUUUAACACUGGUUCUAUACAUUUAGUACAUCCUUCAUAUAAGCCAUGGUGUGCGUAACACCUUACUGACAUUUUUCUUUCUUUACAUUUUUAUUUCAAAUUGUACUGUCUCUAGAGCCAGCUACAGGACUGAGUCAUAUAAUCGUAAAAUCUUUAUAAUAGGCUGUGUGCUCAAACACCUUUGACUGCCUCUUAACCAAAAUACACCCAUGCUGAUUGAGUGCACGUAUGUCACAUAAAAAUCUCAACGUCUCAUCUCGUCUCUCUCUCUCUCUCUUUUUUUUUUUUUUAACAUUUACAAAAACAAUGUUAAAUUCACAAAAGAAGAAAUAUUAAACCACUGGUUAAAAAAUUAAUUUCAAAUUCUGGUGGACUACUUGUGUUCCAAAAGUGCCAAUGAGCCCAUGAUCCUCUCAGAAAAGCACAUAGUGAGGUAAUUUUUCUACGACUGGCAAAUCUUUUCCCAGCUACAGCUCCUUGUCUCAAAUAAUUCUGCGAUGACACCUAAAAACAAGUCUUGCUUUUCUCUCUUCCAUAUAUGUCUAAGAGAAUUGCUUUGUUACACUGUAAAGAACAUAAUAAUUUGUACAUAACCUGUGUAAUGUAACACUGGAUUGUGAUUAUGAUGUUGGUGCAUUAUGCAAUUGCAAUAAUGCAGUUUUGUACUAGUAAGAAUAUCUUUUGCCCCGAAAUGCCAAGCUACAGACUGCCAUUUUUUCUUCUUCACUUCACUAACAUUCCUCAUACAGAUUCACAAUUCCUUAAAGCAACAUUUUUCUUUUUAAACCACAUUCGGGUACUUUUCUGUUAACUUUAUUUUUCUUAGGAAAUAGAGUACUGCACAUUAGCCAAUUAAUUGUUUUAGCAUGUGAGUCAUAACUCGCAUCAAAUUAAGACAAUAGAGAAAUGGUUUGGAGAUCAAGCAUGUGCAGUACAUACUGGCUUUUAAUUUCCUUGCAAAUCUGUAUUAUUCUGUAAAAAGCAGGUGUCAGUGUGCAUACAUUUUUGUCAGGACUGUAUGAUUGCUACAAAGAUGUGCGUGUAGAUAGAUGUUUUGUAUGAAACAUGACUUUGUUUGCAUGCCUGGAUCCUCUGUGAUCAACUUGCCAUUCCUGUAUAAAACUCUGUAUAAAAGUAUUAGAACAUUUCUUAAGGAAACAAGGAAAUAAAUGAAUGGCUUCAAAGGUCACAAGAGGAAAAAAAGUUCAAAUAAAAUGACCUUUUCCAAUUA